AUGGACUGGCUGGACGCCUUCGAUCCAGCCUCGGCCUCGAGCAGAGCGCGCAAUGCAUUGGCUCAGCAGCGUCCGGGCCCCUCUCGAGCAGCUCAGAGCGCAGCCCCCGCAACAUCAUCCUCCCAACAGCCAGUACCAGCUCACUAUGCUCGUCCACAACCCGGUCACGCUUCACAGCCACCUCGGCCAUCAUAUGGAGCAAGACCCCCGCAGAGAUUCUCGACAAGAACACCAGCUGCACCACCCUCAGCUGCGCUAAGGUCCGAAGAUGCGCAACCUAACGAAUACCAGAUUCGCUCAAAGCCGUGGGAGCUGGCCGCACCGCCUUCCAUAGGUGCCUCCAGGUCGAAGCCCAGCCAGCCAUUAGGACGGCCACCAAUCGCGCGGCCAGCAGCGUCAGGGUCAGGCCAGACCCAAUCAAAGAAAAGACCAGCGCCGAGUCAGCAACAAAACCGCCCCUCAAGAAGUCAGCGAAGGGCAAUGUAUCAGCAGUCUGCCAUGCAGCAGCAGCAUCAACAGGCUCCUGCUCCACGACCACCAACCUCGAGCCAGUCUUCGUCCAGCAAGUCGAAAAACAAGGCAAGCAUCUCUUCGCAUCCGAAGUCUGUCGGCAAAGCGCCAUCACAGUCUCAAAAUACCACUCCCAAAAGCAUCACCGUGCACGACGUCAACCCAGAGAUCCCGCUCUGGACAGAAGACGCAAAGUACCAAGCCGAGAAAAGCGUUGCCAUCGCCAACCUGCGCCGCAAUCCAGCAGACGAAGUCCGGCGCAUCCGCGAAGAGCUGGCUCCGUUAGCAGAGGAACAGCGCGAUCGAGCCCAUCGUGGUGUCGUAGACCGCUUUGCCAAGCCCCUUUCGCAAACCGCUGCCACUUGCCUCGCACUUUGCAACUACCCACAGCUUGCGCUUCGUCUGCUGCACAUCCGCGUCGAGCUGUACCGCUGCGCAGCCUUGCUCGUACCCUCCAACACCGCGCCACACAGACACGCCUCCGCACUCGUCAAGCACGUCCGAAACGCCUUCACUCAAAUGCUCGGGCUCUCUGCAAACGACAUCGUCUCGAGCAUUUUCUGCAGCAAGGAGCAGAUCCUUCGUCCCGAAGAUCCCAUCAUUGUCGACACGCUCGACCGCAUCCGCGAUACCGACGACGUUGGGCUAUAUGCCAUCGCGGUGCUCACCAAUCUCUUCAACAUCUUUGGCGGCCGCAUCGUCCACAUCGACUGGGACGACGUCGAUCGCUGGAAGCAGCAGCACAAGAUCAAAAGUCAAGGCGCACCACGUCCAGACGUCACUACCAGCGUCGAGCACAAAGCAGUGCCAGCGGCGGUACACGAUGCGAGCGUGCAGCGAGACCCAGCUGCUAGCAACGAGGUCCGUACUCCCUCAGCUCCUCCCUCCAAGCCCGUUCAGUCAGCGCAACCGGCAGUACAGGUUGCGGGCUCGCAGCGUCACACAGUUGCUGGGGACGAGGUGCAAACGCCACCAGUGCCCCCGACACAACCAGUUCAGCCAACGCAAAAAGGUUCGGAAGCGGCAUCGGAUGCGGUCGCGGUUGCAGACCCCGAGCCGCUCAAAAAUCAAUCGUCAGAGCCCGCUCAGCCCACAUCCACCGAAGCGGACGACGAUGUGCAAGCCCCGAGCAUUUCUCGCGACGACAUCCGCACACCCACACCGCCACCGUCCAUGCUUCCUCAACACGGCCCUUGCGGCAACAAGCGCACGCCCGAAGUGCAACCAGACCCGCGCUCUCGUUCUCGCUCUGCGAGCCCUCGCAAGUUCGGCCAGCUCAAAGGCGUCCUCAGCGCUAUCGACCUCAGUCCACGUCCCAGCUCACUAAAGCCACCCAUAAUAAAGACCGAGCAGACACGCGAUGACAUGCUCGAGGAGGCGCGGCAGGCUCAGGAGCUGGCGAUCUUGUUGGAAGCGAGAUAUCGAAAUCCCGAUGACAACGACGACAGCGACAGCGACGGCGACAGCGACGAUGACCAGCCACUCGCAAUGACCUCACGCGCGCCCGGCCAUGCUCCCGCUGCCACUCAAGCCGGCGGCACCGACUCGGACCCGGACGAAGAUGUCCCGCUGCAGGAUCUGCUGCGGCGCCAGUCGCCCUCUGCUACAACGGCGCUGGCUGCUCCCUCCUCCGCUGGUGCGGCGAAAGGUUCUGCGUCCAACGCGUUCCAGUCGGCCGUGUGGGGGCUUGACCAGGCGCGCGCGUUCUCGAGCACGCGCGGGCUGUCGAUCAAGCACUUUGUGCCGCUCGCGAGCACGGCGCUCGGCGCCCCGACGGGCGUGCGCAACCGUGCCUCUGCGUUCGACUCGGGCCUAGGUGUCACCGACCACGGGCGCAUCGCGACGUUCUCGGAAGCACCGAGCUGCGGCGACGACGCACCGAGCCGCGUGAUGGAGCUGCAGACGCGCGACGCCGACGCCAAGCUCAAGGCCGACAAGGCGUGGCCGAUCGACCGCGUGGAGGACGUGUGGCGGCUGACGUCCAAGGUGUGCGGGAUUGCGUCGUCGACGCGCAAGCUGCUCGGCAUGGGCAGGUACGACGAGUACCCGUGCCAGGUGAGUCUGGUCACCAUGGACGAGACCGGGCGUGCGCAUCGCACUUACCAUCUCGACGAGCGGCCGCAUGCGCACGGUGCCGCCGCCAUAUCGCAUUUCCCGCGCACCAACCCGAACGACGCCUCGUCCAUCGACUUUGCAACGGGCGGCAUCGACGGCAUCGUAAACCACUGGCACUGGCGCGCGCGAUCGACGUCGGCCGACACGCAGCGGCUGCACACGCUGCACGAUGCCAAGCCCGUCGUCGCACUGGAGCAUCUGUCGUCGCGCGCACACACGCUCGCAUCCGCCUCAAUCGGCACCGUGAUCGGCUUCGACCUGGGCGCGCUCACGCUCGGUUUCUCGUGGAAUACAAGCGACUGCAUUGUGCAUCUGCAGCGCACACCGGAUGCCAAGCUCAUGCUCGGCGUGCUGGCGCGGCGCGACUACGACCAGUUCCGCAUGUUCGACAUCACCGGCGCCAACGGGCCCAUCUCACGCCCCGUCAUCUCGUUUGGCUGGCUCAACGAUGCCGAGGGCAAGCUGCCGCUCGGACGCGGCGCGUUCCAUCCGAGCCGCAGGGCGAUCUUUGCUCACGGCGCAGAGGACGGUCAUGUGCGCGUGUGGGAUCUGCGCAACGCCAGAGACCCGCUCGUCGACGUGCGCGUCUCGGACGAGCCCAUCGUCCAGGCCUUUUGGGCCAAUUCGGACCAACAGGAUGCCGACGUGCUGUAUGCCGCCACCCCACGCGGCGUGCGCACCAUCGCCUGGCGCAACGUCUGA